GUUGCGAUACAGACUUUGAUUUUUUUAUUUUUUUGCCUUCGCUCUCUUUCCCUCCUCCCUCCCCCGAUGAACCUCUCUCCUCGCUCUGCACUUUGCGCGAGAGAGCCCAGAGGAAAGGCACCAUGAAGUGUUAAAAAUAACAAAACAAAACAACAACAACAACAACAAAUUUACUCGCAACAACACCAGCUAACACUUCCAGCUGCGGUUCGCGAGCUGCGAAAGAGAGCGAGAGGAGAGAGAGAGAAGGGAGGGAGAGAGGAGGAAAAAAAAAAAAAACCUCUAUGCAAAAGGCGAAUAGCGAGAGCCCCGCGCUCUGAUGCAUCAGCGGAGCCUCUGCGAGGGAUAACGCGGAGCGGGAGAGGAGCCGCCGGGGCGGACCGGAGCGGAGGCAGAGCAGGAGAGCGGAGCGGAGCUCGCCAAAAAUCAAGCUGGCUCACCCGGUGGCGACUCAGAGCAGCCCCCUCGCUCCCGGAGCGCACCCUUUCUGGAGGACUCUCGGCAGCAAAAGGAUGGCAUCAGAGCUGGCGAUGAGCAGCUCCGACCUGCCCACCAGUCCCCUGGCCAUGGAAUAUGUUAAUGACUUCGAUCUGAUGAAGUUUGAAGUGAAAAAGGAGCCGGUGGAGACCGAUCGCAUUAUCAGCCAGUGCGGCCGCCUGAUCGCCGGGGGAUCGCUCUCCUCCACCCCGAUGAGCACGCCCUGCAGCUCCGUGCCCCCGUCCCCCAGCUUCUCGGCGCCCAGCCCCGGCUCCGGCUCCGACCAGAAGACCCACCUGGAAGACUACUACUGGAUGACGGGGUACCCGCAGCAGCUCAACCCGGAGGCGCUGGGCUUCAGCCCCGAGGACGCGGUGGAGGCGCUGAUCAACAGCAGCCACCACCCGCUGCCCGGCGCCUUCGAUGGCUAUGCUAGAGGGCAGCAGCUGGCCGCGGCCGCCGGCGGCUCCGUGCCGGCCGAGGAGAUGGGCUCGGCGGCCGCCGUGGUGUCGGCGGUGAUCGCCGCGGCGGCGGCGCAGGGCGGCGCGCCCCACUACCACCACCACCCCCCCCCGGAGCUGAACCGGCAGCUGCGGGGCGUCAGCAAGGAAGAGGUGAUCCGGCUGAAGCAGAAGAGGAGGACCCUCAAAAACAGGGGCUAUGCCCAGUCCUGCCGCUUCAAGAGGGUCCAGCAGCGGCACGUCCUGGAGUCGGAGAAGAACCAGCUGCUGCAGCAAGUGGAGCACCUAAAGCAGGAGAUCUCCAGGCUGGUCCGGGAGAGGGACGCCUACAAGGAAAAGUACGAGAAGCUGGUCAGCAAUGGCUUCAGAGAAAACGGAUCCAGCAGCGACAACCCUUCCUCUCCAGAGUUUUUCAUGUACCCGAGAGAAUCCUCUACAACGGUGAUGUGAAAAUCCCUGUUACCUGAGGUCAAAAAUAGAAGUCUCCCAGAAGACCCGGAGUGGUGGCGCCUGGAUGCAGAGGAGACCACACUGCUUAUAAAUCCGCACCAUGAGGAGGCCAAAGGUUUCUGCAGCAGCAGGAGGUAAGCCAGGACUGCUGGUGGGUGUAAGAGCAGAGAGCAAAGCCACGUGAGUUUGAGAAGAAGGCAGCAGCACCCUUGAGGAUGGAGACUUUGGGGCAGCGUCACGGUCCUGUAGAGAAAACUUGAAGAGACACUGAAAACUUCAGGUGGGAACACACCACCCAAACAGCUGCUUGUGGGGUUUGGUCCGUGGACCUUUGGGGUCUGCACACCAGAGACUGAAAACUCUUGACUGACCCCAUAUUUCCUCUUUGUGGACUUCUGAUGUGAUAAGAAUGGCACAAAAAUAUCCAAUGUGUCUUCUUCGCCAUAAUGUUUCCAGCCUGCUAACUUUCCCAGGACUACUUUCUGCUCAAAUUACUGGAACUUAAUUACAUGAGGUUUAAUUUCAGUUGCUUGGCCAGCUUUAAAAACAUAUAUUCAAAUUUGAACCGCAAGGACAGAAUUUUGGGAGCCUCUUUGUCCUCUCACUUUGUGUUAAUUUAAAUGAGGAAACUGUGCCUGUGAAUCUCUGCUUUACUUCACCUAUUCCAAGUCAAUCUCAGUUCUGGAGAGACAUCCCUGUCUCCCAGCAGUUUAAGGGAGAGCACAAACAACCCCUUAUGUUAUAGUUUAUGUUUUCAAAACUGUGCAAACAGUAGAUAUUUGUCUCCUGCUUAUGUGUUUUCUUGUAAAUAAAAUGUAUUGGAACCAGAGAUGGAGUUACACUACUUUACAGCAGAUAAUGUAUUCAUAUUUUACAAGCAAGUGUUGUAUUAUCCAUACAUUUCACAAGUAGAUCUUACAAUGUUUAAUUAUAACAAGAAAAAAAAAAAAAAAGAAAAAAGGAAGUGGGAGGAGAGUCAAGGGAGGGACAUGGAGAGAGAAUGCAAAAGAGCAUGAAUGGGAAGUGGUGGAGUUGGAGGAAAACAGCACCUAUCAAGGCAUUAUCUGAGAAUUCCUAUGAUUAGGACUUAUCUUUCUGGCUUCAUUACUUCAUUAUAAUCUGCUGUUUACCUGAUAAGUAAUAAAUGGCCUUCAAAUGUUACUGCAUUUGCUCACUUUCUUCAGAUUUUGCAUCAGUUUGUCCCCCUCCUAAGAUCUUAUUUCUGUUAAGGAAUGAAGAUUUUAUGGUUUUACUGGGGUUGACUUUUUCCUCUGGAACUUCAGUGCUGUUAUUUAGGUCCCACAGCAAUUCCUUGGAUAACACAUCCAUCUAUCACAUUGGGAUGAUCAAGGAUACAUUGCAGCUGAUGUUCAAACACUGUUGUGUAUCUGGGGCUGGGCACCCACCUUCAACUCAGCAGAUACAAACCUCUCCAAAAAGCCAACAAAAGAGGGCUUUUUUUAGACACUCCAACCCGCUAGUGGAUUAUCCUUAAUGGGUUGGCAGCA